AUGGCUUCGCGUUUGGCUAAAAGCGCUAUUGGCGCCACCCGUAUGCGACCAGCCCUGGUCACCCGCAACAUCCCUUCCAUCACAGCCAACCUCACGGCCGCUCGAUACAACUCCGGUGUCCCGGCCGAGGAGCCCAAGAAGAAGGCCCAGUCGAUCAUUGAUUCUCUUCCCGGAAACUCGCUCGUUUCGAAGACUGCCAUUCUUUCCGGUGGUGCCGGUCUCUCCAUUGCCGCCAUCAGCAAUGAGCUCUACGUGUUGAACGAGGAAACCGUCAUUGCCUUCUGUCUGCUCAGUGUCUUCGCUGCUCUGGGCAAGUACGGUGGCCCGGCAUACAAGGAAUGGGCCGAGGGCCAGGCCAAGAAGCACCUGGACAUCCUCAACGCUGCUCGUGCCGACCACACCAACGCCGUCACCGCUCGCAUUGAGAACGUGCAGCAGCUCAACAGCGUUGUCGACGUUACCAAGCAGCUCUUCGAGGUUUCCAAGGAAACCGCCAAGCUCGAGGCCCAGGCUUACGAGCUCGAGCAGCGCACUGCCCUCGCUGCCGAGGCCAAGCAGGUUCUUGACUCUUGGGUUCGCUACGAAGGCCAGGUCAAGCAGCGUGAGCAGCGCGAGCUUGCCGAGAGCGUCAUUAGCAAGAUCCAGGAGGAGCUCAAGAACCCCAAGGUCCUCCAGCAAAUUCUUCAGCAGAGCGUUGCUGACGUUGAACGCAUUGUGGCCAAGCCCCAGUAG